AUGCAUACACUAAUCCGAGGAUUGCCUGAGAUUCUCAGUGAACUUAUAAACAUCAAAAGUCCGGAGGAAAUAUGGGACAAAAUUGAAACAAUCACCAAAUCUGGUAAAAAAGGUUAUCCAGAAAUACUUUCGUCAUAUAACAAUCUGCACAUGAUUUGCCCGAAAACUAGUCGUGUAUUAGCUCUAGGUGGAAUUCUAGCAGCAAAUUACUUGGUGACUCGUACAAACUUUCCAGAGCUGUACGAAAACAGCCCCUGCAGUCAAUUAGAUUGGAAGAAUCUAAUUUCAGCAUUAAUAUUCCGUCAUGCUGUCCAAAUGGUUGCCAAUGGUCAGUCAGGUGUUGCAGUGACCUUUAUCGACAAACCUUAUGAAUUCUUGACACUUGCCGAUGUUUGGAAACAACCACAACAUCUGAGGAAACGUCUCUUGCAUAGAUUUCGUGAAAUCGAUGCUAAUUUUGCUGGAAUGUAUCCAUACCUAAGUUUGUGCAACCAUUCAUGUGAGCCAUCAUUGAGGUUGAACUUUGAUGGAAGUCGAUUAAUUGCAAAGGCUCGAAAUGAUCUCAAAAAAGGAGACGAAGUUUUUAACUCGUAUGUCCUUGACUGCAGGAAUAAUUCCAGGCACAAUCGUCAAGAAGAACUCAAAAGUAUUUAUCAAUUUGAAUGUGAUUGCAAACAUUGCCAGAUAGGAAACAACGAUAAUGAGUUUAUGAAGUUUCACCAAUACCGUUGUAGUGCUCCCAAUUGUAAUAAAGUUUUUUCACCGCCACAAACUCAAGACCUUCGCUGGUGGCUGGUGAUUGAAGAAAACAAUGAAAUCCUAAUAAAGUGUCCUAAAUGUAAGACUGCCUUAGAAGUUGACUGGUAUAUUAAAUUCGAAGAUCUUUUUAUGGCUGAGGUUUUGGAUAGUGCAAGACUGACAGAGGCAUUUAGACUAUUUAAAUACUCGGAGAAGUUAGUACAUGGUUUUAACGAUUUGCGUAAUCAUAUGGCAUGGAAAAUUGUUACUUCGUUUUUUGAAAUUUGGGAAGAUGAUGUAGUUAUUAAUGAAAAGUUUUUUGAAGAAGUAGCUAAUGUACUGAAUUAUUGGCUAAAUCAUGUGGAAGAACAAAAUGAUGUCGAAUCGAUUCUAUAUGCAACUACUUCGACAUUUGCCCUGGAUUUAAUGGCAGAAGGAAAAUGUUUCAAUUUCGAUACGAAGAAAAUUCGAAGAUCAUUUGAUAUGUUAUCGACGGAAUUGAAAAAUAUUUUUGAAAAUUACAUACAAGACUAUAUUGGAGACAAAUUUGAUGAUGCAUCAAGGUCCAUAUAA